AGCGUAUGAACCAUUUAUUGUACCAUAAUAGAAUAGAACAUCUAAAGUCCGUUUACUCGAGUAAUUAAAGCUGCUAGCCAUAGAGCCUUAUUAAGACUUCUGUGUAUGAAUUGCGAGUGUAUUUUACCUAAUGAUUUCGGUUUCGAGGUAUCCUGACUCAUUCGAAAGUGUGACGGGUCAGGGUCUCAGUCCUAAGGCUAUAGAAAUAUAUGCGAGACGAGCAUCGAAAUAAUCUCCAAUGGCGACCUCUACGGAUGAUGUUAGGGAAUCUAGGAGGCUCGUCAGGAUGUACAGUGGAGAUGUUGAGGGACGGCUUCCUUAUGGCCAUAACAAUCAAGUAUUAGGUCAUGUUCUGAGCCAAGGCCAAUCAGACUCAAGAGACUUGAUGAAUCCAUGGCGCAUAUUUUUCGAGUCCUGGGAAGCGCCUGCAAGCGAGCAAGACCCUAUUACCAAGGUUAUUACUGUCGAGUCGAAUAAACUCCGCGAGAAAUGGGCCCCUUUUCUUAGGAACAGCUCUAGCGAAGAUCGCCUGGAUAUAGGAAGAUCCGAGCCUACUAUGCAAGGUGUAGUCGAGCUCGUCCAAGAAAUCGCGGCAACAUCGAAAGCAAAGAGAGACAAUAGUCGCCGUGGAAAAGCAAUGAAUAUGUUUCAUAAGUUCUGUGGCACAGUAGACUCACAUAAGUCGAUGCUGGAGUUAAUCCCUGAAGGCAGUGAGUACGUCUCAAUAUUCGCGGGAACUUUGAACGUCAUCAUAAGGGCCAGUGUUAACCAUGAGCGUAUUGCCGAGGGCCUUUCGGAGGCGUUGUGCCACAUUAGCGAGUACAUUCUCGAAUGCAGAUCGGAGCUGCAAUUGUUCAGAACUAAAGCCAUGAUGGAAUUGGUUGCGGAUUUCUAUGCGCACGUCUUUGUGUUCCUUUCUGACACCAUGGAUUGGAUAACCGAGAAAAGGCGGAAGAGAUUGUUAGACUCAUUCAACGAAAACUUCUACAAGAAAUUUGAGAACCAAAUCGAAACGAUUCGGCGCAAGUCCGAUAUGAUUCGAAACUUGGCUAACCAAAGUUCCCAUGCAGAGCAACGGGUAACUAGGUUGAAUGUCGAGGAACUAGCGCGGGAUGUUAGGCUAGGAUUGACCGGCGACGAAAGACGACAUGCUGAGAUGGUAUAUAUGGCGGAGAAAAUCGAGAGGGAGCUUUCGGAAGGGCGAAAAGAGAGGCAACUCCUAAGAGAGGACGGUCAACAGUUUAAGCAACUCGCAGAUCGUCUCACUAGCAUGCUUCAGGAUAAAGCGAUGGUAUGGAUUGGGGACAUGCGAUCCACCAAUGGCGAUUUGCCGCCAGGGUUCCCUUUCGUCCAGCUACUUGCUUCACCACAACAAUUUCAGGGGUUCGCCUCGCCUUCAAGGGCUAACUCACCUAGCUCCACCGAGUGGAUAUUAGAGGAGAUCAUAUUAAAUUCUAAACAUCUGGAAGACUUCUUCCAUCGGGAUCGAGUGAGAGUGGGUGGAGAUUAUUUUAACCCGACCAAAAUUAAUCCCGAGUCCUUGAGGCGGCUGAGUGAGUGGAUGAAGGAUAAAUCCUCCCACUUACUUUGGCUGGAGGGACCGCCUAUUGAGGCCGAUGACAUUGAUAACCCUAUCACUAUGUUAGCUAACAAGGUCAUGGAUUUAUCCGAGCAAUCUAAUAUUCCAGUUCUCUCAUACUGUUGUGAGAUCCGUCGCGGAGAACGUUUAAGGCCUGGAAAUGAUACACGCGAAGCUCAAUCAUGCGUAUCUCUACUAUGCGCCUUGUUGCGACAGAUGAUAGAACUCUUGCUUCCGAAGUUCGAUUCCGCGACAGAUUUCUCCUCGAGCCGAUUGCGUUCAAUUGAUGGGUCGAUUUUAUGCUGGUCGCAGAUGCUGAAUUUAUUUCGAGAUUUAUUAGCUCUUAUGCCAGGCACCAUUCUCUGCGUUAUUGAUGGGUUUCAAUGGUUGGGUGACCGUGAUACAGAGCCUUAUCUUGAGGAAUUGAUCCAAACGAUAAGGGGAAGUCAACUUCAAUGCUUGUUUACUACAACAGGGCGUUCAGCUUGCCUAAGGAGGGAGCUAGAAUCCACUGAAACGAUGGCGAUUGAAAUGACUGACCUGAGAGUCGACUCAUGGGGAUUGGGCCGAAAUAAUUCUUGGGGUAUACAGGAAUAAAUGAGAUUUUCCAGGAGGUAAUGCGCUCCUAUUCCCCGGAUUUGUUGCUGGAAUGGCGUGCUUCUCGGCCCGCC